UAGAAUAUUAUUAUUAUUUACAAAAAUAUGUCAAAAUAUUUCUGUGAAUAUGAUAAGUCACAUAACCCCUUUCAACAAGUCUAAUCAUUUUCAACUUGUGAGCUGCCAUGUAUUGGAAAUUUAAAUACUAUUGUUUUGUUUUUUGAAUCUUUUAUUUUAAUUGUAUUUCAAAUUACUCUAAAAUCGACUCUAUACAUUUUUUCCUGACUCAAUAUGACUACCUCAAGCGAAGAUGUUCUUCUCCAAAUACCUCAAGUUCGAUUCAAAAAAGGAGAUGGAACUCUUUUUCUUAUGGAUCAAAGACUGAUUUGGAUGGUAGAAAACAGAGAUACUGUAGCAGUUUCCCAUCUUUAUGAAGACAUAAAAUCUCAGAAAAUAUCUCCUGAAGGUAAAGCGAAAAUUCAACUUCAAGUUGUUUUACACAAUGGGGUUUCUUCAACUUUUCAUUUUUCAAACACUAAAGGAUUAUCGGCACAAGUCGCAGAUCGAGAUAAGGUCAAAGAAAUGUUGCAAGGCCUAUUGCCAAAGUUUAAGAAAAAAAUGGAUCGAGAACUUGAAGAGAAAAAUAGAUUAUUGAUGUCAAACCCUGCCCUUUUACAAUUAUAUAAGGAUUUAGUUAUGCCUGAAGUGGUCACUUCUGAAGAAUUUUGGAGUCAACAUGCACUCAAAUAUACACAAAAUCAGAAACAGCAACCUCAAGAAAUUGGUGUUUCUGGAGCAUUUCUAGCAGAUAUAAAACCACAAACUGAUGGCUGUAAUGGAUUAAAAUAUAAUAUAACUCCAGAUAUUAUAGAAUGUAUCUUCAAAACAUAUCCAGCUGUAAGGAAGAAGUUUAUUGAUAAUGUUCCAUCAAAAAUGUCUGAGUCUCAAUUUUGGACAAAAUUUUUUCAGUCACAUUAUUUCCACAGAGAUAGGAAAUAUGCAGAAAGCAAGGAUAUAUUUACAGAAUGUGGCAAAAUAGAUGACCAAGAAAUGAAAAAAGAUAUUCAGAGGGGUGUCGAUGAUCCGUUAGUAAAUAUUACAGAAUUUGAGGAUAAAACAUUGGAUGAGGCUUAUGGAGCUUCCUCAGAAAGAACUAAUGUUAAUAGUGGAACAGUUAGUCAAGCUAUGAUCAAACGUUUCAAUCAACAUUCAAUAAUGGUAUUAAAAGCUAAUAAGAAUAAGACUAGCGACACUAAUUCGCAAGGAGCUGUAGACAAUGUUAAAAAAACCAAUGGCAUGACAGUAAGCAAUAAUGAUAAAAGCAAAAACAAAGAAGAAGGAAGCAUGGAACCUGUGAAGAAAAAGCAAAAAAUUUUAGAAAAAAUCACUUAUGAAGAUUUAGAAUCAGACGAUAAAACUAAGAAUAAUUCAAACAUUCAUCUGAAUCUUUCCAAGGUGGAAAGAUAUCUUCAUGGUCCAAUGCCUGACACGAUAAUAGAACAUAUAAAUCCAAAUGAGGGGUCCUCAAUAUUACGAUGGGUUUUCCAAGAAGCUAAACAAUGGAACGUUAGUCAAACCAGGCAAACCUCCCAUAAUUUAGUUAGUCCUGCUGCGGCAGUUGGAGCACUAGGAGAACUCUCACCGGGUGGCGCCCUUAUGAGGGGAUUCCAGGAACAAUCAUUAGCUCAAUUGGUUCCACCAAAUAUUGAGACAGAAAUGAGGAAUUUGUAUUUAGCACUUUGUGAACUACUCAAUCAUUUCUGGAAAUGUUUUCCACCCACACAGCCCAAUCAAGAGGAGAAAGUUGUCAAAAUGCAUGAAGCACUUCACAGAUAUCAUACAGCCAAAUUGAAACCAUUUGAGGAUAAACUAAUCCGAGAACUUUCUCCCCUUUCUCAUCAUCUGACCAAACAUUUGAACCAAUUAUUGAAUGCAGCCUAUCAGAAAUUUAGCAAUUGGCAAAAAUUGAAGCAUCGGUGACUCUACUGAAUGGUCUCCGCAUUUGAAACUAAAAGAGCAAAUGUAAAGGGAAACAGAGGGCAUUAUGCAGGACACAUCCUGUCAAGGACUGUAUAGAUCUGUCGAUUCAUUCAAUUUUGUAUAUUUAUUUCAGUGUUAUCUUUCUAAUUGAUUAUUAUUCAUAUUGAAUGAAAAUAUGAAGUGAGUUUUUCAAUAUUUGUUAUGAUAAAAUAAAUGAUUCUUUUAUA